AUGAAAUCAAUAUUAAGAUCCAUCGUGGGGUCCCCGAAACAAAGUCAUUAUGAUCCAACAUUGAAUUUACUGUUUGACUUAUCAUACAUCACUCCUCAAAUAAUUGUUUGUUCAGGGCCGGUUACCAAUUAUUUACAAACAUUCUACAGAUAUCCAGUUGAGGAUUUAGUGAAAUUUUUGACUGCAAACCAUAGCUCUCAUUGGCAUAUUUGGAACCUAAGAGGCGAAGAACCAGGGUAUGAAAAUAAAGAUGUAAUGUCUAAAGUUAGCCAUUUCCCAUUUCCAGAUCAUCAGCCGCCCACUAUAGAAAUAAUUCUUGAAAGCACAAAAGAAAUAGACAAGUUCUUAAGCCAAUCUACAAAGAAUGUUGCUGUCCUUCAUUGCAAAUCAGGUAAAGGAAGAUCAGGAACAAUUUGUUGUUCAUAUUUAAUUUAUAAGAGCUUAAGUUUGCAAAUAGAAAUUGAUCCACUUAAGGCAAUAGAAUUUUAUACUCAGAGGAGAAUGAGACCCAGUGCUGGAGAUGGUGUAUCGAUAUUAUCUCAAAGAAGAUACCUUGAAUAUUGGUUUGAAUACUUAAAUCUUGCGCCUGAAUUACAAGAGAUACAUCAUGGCUUCACGCGAAAUCAAUCAAUGUUUGAUAUGAAGAAAUCUUGUAUUACAAUGAUACGAAUAAAUAAUUUCAAAUAUUCUGGAGAUAUAAAAACCUGCUGUUUAGAUUUAGAUUUAAUUCUCGAAACGUACGCCAAGCGACAAGAUUAUCCCAAUGGAGUCCAAAUUAAGCAUGCCUAUCAAGUUAAUGCUUCGGAUAUACGAAAAAAACAAAAUAAUAAUUUCAUAAUUGUUCCAGGAAAGCCAAUAUACAUUUCUGACUUGAAGGAUGUAAGGAUUUCAGUCAAGCAAUGGUGUUUCUCUUGGUUUAACAUAUUUUUUGAAACUUUGCAUUCGAAUAAUACGAAUAUUUUUGCUAUAGACUCCAUACUGGAAAAUACGCAAUUCAUCAAAGGGGAGUAUAAGUUACGAUGGGAAGAUCUAGAUGGUUUUAAGGGUACCCGCCAAAAAGGUAUGAGACUAUUCGAAAGUUUAGAUAUAUGCUGGAGAUUGUACUAUUAA